CGUCAGUCCGUCCGCAGCGCCCCGCAGCGCCUCGCAGCAGCUCGCAGCAGCCCGCAGCAGCCCGCAGCAGCCCGCCGGCCUCUCUCGCUGCUGCCGCCCGAGUGGCACCUCGUCUCCGCGCAGCACUUAACUCAAGAGCCAUGGAGGAAUCAAGAAGUUGACGUCCCUGAGCUUCUCUUUAAGCGUUCUUCCCGUCUGGUCACUGGGACCCUGAACCCGUCGCGGACGUCUUUGAACUCCUCUUCCUACCGAGCGCUGACCACCGGCAUCAUGAAGCACAUCAUCGGCAUCGGCGGCGUGACCAAUGGAGGAAAGACCACCCUCACCGACCGGCUGAUCCGACACCUGCCCAACUGCUGCGUGGUGCACCAGGACGACUUCUUCAAGCCUCAAGAUCAGAUUGAAGUUGGUGAAGAUGGCUUUAAGCAGUACGAUGUUCUUACGGCCCUGGACAUGGACGCCAUGAUGAGUACCAUCUAUGCAUGGUUGGACAACCCGGUGAAGUUUGAGAAGUCUCAUGGUGUCAAUAACACCCUGGACAUUGAGAUCGUCCCAAAGUGUGAGGAGGAGGAGGAGGAGGAGACCCGCAUCCUGAUCGUGGAGGGCUUUCUGCUCUACACCUACAGACCUUUGAUCGACGCGCUGAACCAAAGUUACUUUAUCUCCAUCCCGUAUGAAGAAUGCAAGAAGAGGAGGUGCUCUAGGAACUACGCGGUGCCAGACCCCCCCGGCCUGUUCGAUGGCCACGUCUGGCCCAUGUACCUGAAACACAAGAGCAUCAUGGAGUCAUCCCACGUGGACGUCUUGCAGCUCGACGGAACCAAGUCAAAGGAACAGCUGUUCAACUUCGUCUACGGAGACAUCCUGAACAACAUCCAGACUUCUCAGUAACAAACGAGGUCCUCAUCAGCUGAAGGAGCACGACACCGCCCCGCCUUAAGUUCUUACCUGGCAGCUCAUCCAGUCGACUGCUACGAUUUUUCUAACCGUUUAACUGAUGGCAUCAAAUGCUGGCAUGUUUUUAUAUCGACCAUAUUUAUUGCUUUGUUACAGCCGACACUCACGAGGUUUGAUGGAGAUGUAAAGAGGAGCUUUGUCAAUAAAUAAUCCUCCGGUCA